AUGAGCCAGGGCGCUUUGGAAGCUGGCGGCCCCCUCUGGGGCUGGGAUUGGGACGGUGACGAUGACUGGGAAGGAGCUGUGCUGGCCCUGCUGGCCCUGGCUGUGGUGGCCGCCACAGCGCUGGCUUUGCACUGGUUUGGCCCCGGGCAGGAUCAGCAGGCAGCAAGACCGGAGUCGUCAGCCCCCGGGACCCAGCCUGCCCAGGCGGGAGGAGUCAGGCCGACCCUGCACCCAAAGCCCAAGGUCAGUGGUGGCCACGAGGGACAGAGCCCAGGGCAGGGGAAGCCAGGUCCUCUGGGACACGGCCAGGGGGGCCAGGCCGUGGCAGGAGCCCAGGGCUGCAAACCCUCUGGAGGUGGGGACCUGCACCCCAAAGCCAGGCUUCUGCCCAAGACCCCGCACGAGGCGCUCAGCAGAGGGACCUUGGGACAGCAGCAUGGCGGCGCCACCCUAGAAGCCCCCCAAGGUAGAGGAAGGGAGCCCCUGGAGCUAAGCACUGCCCUCCUGGGUGGGAGCCAAGCAGGGGGCGCGCCUGCCCCGGUCGUGAUCCACUUCACCCCCCGGAGUCCUGGCAGCGAAGCCGAUGUGCAGCCGGAGGUGGGAAGCGUCAGCACCAAGGGCCCAGAGCACCGGGACUCCAGCCGCUGGCAGCUGGGUGCGGGGCUUCCUGGAGCACCGGGGCGAGGCCGGGGCAGCCGGCGGCGGCACAGGGACGCAGGAUCCGGAGACAGAACCCGCCACCGCCCGAAGCCCGACCUGCUCCGUCUGGGCACGGUGGCCAGCGUGUGGGACGCAGUGGAUGCGGCGUCUGCUGCUGCCGACUCUGGCGCUCAGGGCCCUGCAGUCCAGGAGCUGUCUCCGGGCCGUGCCCGGUACACGGGAUCUGGGUCCGACAGCCUGGAGGGCAGGCGAGGGAAGAGCAGCGCCCAGCCAGCCCCAGCCCCAGGGCCAGGGGUCACGGGUGCUUGCCCGGCGGGCAUAGCCCAGGCUAACGGCUCUGGGGAGGAUCGCCUGUCGCUCGGCCAAGGGCCGGCCGGUGCAGAGAAGCCAGGGGCCGACCACGUCUUCGAAGCCCCAGCCCCGGCCAGCGGCCCAAGGCCUGUGUCCCAGGAGCCCAGGGUGGCUCUUUCCAAGGGCUACCAGGAGAGGCAGGUCUCCACCAGCUGGGGCAGUCUCAUAGCCAUGGUCCUCAGAAGCCAUCCCUUCCCCAGGCAAGAGAGGCCCCCAGGAAGAGCCCCAAGGACAGCUCCUGGGCCCCCUGCGCAUCUCAGCGCUUCCACACCCUCUGAGGACGGCCAGCCAGCUUCUGACUCUCAGGGGGCCAUGCUUUCACUAGGGACGGCCACAGAGGCAGGCGCAGGGGGCUUGGCUGGAAGCUUUGAGACCAACGGGGCCCCUGCCCCUGGCUCAGCCCUAGGCCCAAGGGAAGAGGUAGCUGAGAAAAAAAGUCUAGACUCACUGCCCCCAGCUGCAGUGCCCAGGGCCCCUUCCCAACGUGUCACACCGUCCCAGCAGGGCCCUGCGCCAUCCCCUGCCGCGAGGCGUGGGUCACAGCCAGUGCCCAGGCCUCGGAAGCGCAGCCUCUGUGAAAUAGCCCAGAGUUCUGAGCGGGAGGAGGUCGGUCAAGGGCAGCUUGCUCCCCGAGGGCAGCAUCGGGGGGGGGGCGGCAGGGCAGGGGACCGGCCCUCAGGCAGCGGGGUGCUCCUCACGGAGAGGCAGAAAGAGGCCCGCAAGCUCAUGGUUUUCCUGCAGAGGCCUGGGAGCUGGGGGGUGGUGGAGGGGGCCAGGAAGCCCCGCUCCUGGGCCCUGGAGCCAGCCAAGGCCGUGGCCCUGAGGCGGCAGCUGGACCUGGGCAGCUGCCUGGAUGUGCUGGCCUUUGCCCAGCGGCAUGGGGAAGCCGGCCUGGCCCAGGAGACCUACGCCUUGAUGAGCAACAACCUGCUGCAUGUGCUGGGAGACCCGGACCUCUACCGGCAGCUGAGCGGGGCUGACCGUGAGCGUAUCCUGGGCCUGCGGACUGGCCAGGGCCGGGCGGUGCUGGGGGUCCUUGUGCUGCCCAGCCUGUACCAGGUGAGCCGCUCAGGCUCUCGAGGCGAGGAGGCUCCUCCGUCCGGGCCUCCGCUCUUGCCUCCUCCUACGCACCUGCACGUGUUCAACCCCCAAGAGAAUACAUGGUGGCCCCUGACUCAGGUGCCAGAGGAAGCCCCGCUCCGGGGCUGCGGUCUCUGUACCAUGCACAACUAUCUGUUCCUGGCGGGGGGCAUCCGUGGCUCUGGUGCCAAGGCUGUCUGCUCCAAUGAGGUCUUCUGUUACAACCCUCUGACCAACAUCUGGAGCCAGGUCCGGCCCAUGCAGCAGGCCCGAGCCCAGCUCAAGCUAGUGGCCCUGGACGGGCUGCUGUAUGCCAUUGGGGGCGAAUGCCUGUACAGUAUGGAGUGCUACGACCCACGUACAGACGCCUGGACCUCGCGGGCCCCCCUCCCCGCAGGCACCUUCCCUGUGGCCCACGAGGCCGUGGCCUGUCGUGGCGACAUCUACGUCACGGGAGGCCACCUCUUCUACCGCCUGCUCAGAUACAGCCCUGUAAAGGACACGUGGGACGAGUGCCCCUACAGCGCCACCCAUCGGCGCUCCAGUGACAUGGUGGCACUCGGGGGCUUCCUGUACCGCUUCGACCUGCUGCGGGGCGUGGGUGCUGCCGUGAUGCGCUACAACACAGUGACAGGUUCCUGGAGCCGGGCUGCCUCCCUGCCCCUGCCCGACCCCACCCCGCUGCGCUGCGCUGUGCUGGGCAACACCAUUUACUGCCUCAACCACCAGGUCACGGCCACGUUCACCGUCUCCGAGGGGACGGCCCUGUUCCAGGCCAAGGAGCUGCAGCCCUUUCCCCUGGGGAGGAAGGGGGUCCUCAGCCCCUUCGUCCUGACCCUGCCCUCGGAGGGUCCUCGGCAGACCUCCCUGUGA